AUGACUACAGCCGGAACACUCUAUAGCCAACCAAAUAACUUCAGAGCAUUCAGAUGCCUCUCUGUCGCUGAAUACAACGGCUUGAAGCUUGACACACCAGAGUUCGCGUUAGGCACCUCCAACAAGACGCCAGAAUUCCUUUCCAAGUUCCCAUUCGGCAAGGCUCCAGCUUUUGAGUCCGCCGACAAGAAGUUCCACUUGUCCCAAACUGCCGCUAUCUCCUGGUACCUCGCUUCUCUGAACGACUCAACGGGCCUUCUUGGCAAAUCUCCACAAGAUGCUGGUCUCAUCCAGCAGUGGAUCGCUUUCGGUGAUACCGACCUCUUUAUCCCUGUCUCACAACCAGCCUACAUGGUAUUUGGACUGACUCCCGUCAAUCACGCACAGUAUCAAGCUGCCUUGCCUCAGAUUGAAAGAGCUUUUGCUGUCCUUGAGUCUGUUAUCAAGACCCGCACCUUCCUCGUCGGCGAGCGCAUCACCUUGGCCGAUAUCUCUGUCGCUUCUAUCCUUCGUGUGGCAUUCACAUACGUCGUCGACAGCGCAAUGAGAGCCAAGUUCCCUCACACCGUUAGAUUCUACAAGUCUGUCGCUCACAACCACGUCUGCAGCAAAUUCUUUGGCGACAUCAACUACCUCGACACUUUCAAACUCACCGCACCAAAGAAGGAGAAGAAGGAGCAGCCAAAGGAGAAGAAGGAAGAGAAGCCAAAGGAAGAAGCUGCACCAGCCCCAGCUCCAGCUGAGAAGCCAAAGAACCCUCUCGACCUUCUCCCCAAAUCCUCAUUCAACCUUGAAGCGUGGAAGCGUGCCUACAUGAACCUCGACACGCGUGGCACAGACCCUGCCAAGCACUCGUUGGCUUACUUCUACGCUAACUUUGUUCCAGAAGAUUACACGGUCGUCAAGUUCACAUUCAAGUGGAAUGAAGAACUCAAAGCCACCUUUAUGAGCAACAACCAAAUUGGUGGUUUCUUCACGAGACUUGAGGCGUCUCGCAAGUACAUGAUGGGUGUAGGUCUCGUCCAGAAUGACACCAAGGCCGGCGGUGUCGAGGGUGCGUCAGAGAUUGACGGUGUCUUCAUCUGCCGUGGUGAAGAUUAUCUGAGCCUCAUUAAGGCUGCUCCUGACUGGGAAUCAUACGCGUACAGCCCUCUUGACUUGAACAAUGCGGACGAUAAGGCAUUCUUCGAGGGUGUCAUGGCAUGGGAUCUCGUCAGCAAUGGCAAGGAGUGUGUAGAUGGCAAAAUCUUGAAAUAA